AAAUAUGAUUGGUGGAGAGAAGGAGAGGAAAAGAAAGGAGAGAGCGAGAGAGAGUUAUAAGGAAGAGAAUAUGCGGACAGUCAAUGAGGAAGAUUCCUGAUUCAUCAGCAUCUUCCUCUCUCUAUAUUCUCUCUUUCAAAGUCUUUCCUUUUUCUAUAUAUAUCGAUAUAUUUAUAUAUUAAUAUAUGUUCAACUGAUUUCAACUACCUUUUCUUUUCUUUUUUUUUAUUUUUAUUACUUGUUUGUAAAGAUUCAAUUUUUAUCCAUAAAUAACCAAGCUUUCCUUCAUCCUUGUCUUUCCUCUCUCGCUCAAUCGCUCCGCCACAUAUAUCCAGAUUGAACAAAUAUAUCGGCUUGAAUUGCUUCUUCCAACUGGUGCCAGCAAAUUUUUUGCUGGCAAUAAAAUUGUUUUUUUUUUUUUUUUUUUUGAGAUACAAGAAAGAAUUUUAUGUGUCCCCGGAAAACAUUGAACCCUAGUAGAACUUUACAGGGUGUGCAUGGGGUACAUGUGUUGCAUCAUUCACCAUUUGUGUCGGAGGAGAUCUCUGAUGGGGAUUUUCAUCAGACAACUUAUAGGAGUCCAUCCCUUGUGGCAAAUCAGAAGCUGUUUAUGCAGCGCAUGUGGCAGCAGAGACCACCAUGUUUGAGGCCCAUCCAAGGUUGCAAUAUUCAAGGUGAUCAAAAUAUUAUAGAAACGGUAGCUAAUGUGCUCACUUCACUUCCUUUCAUUGCACUUGGAAUCCAUGCCCCAAGGAAGGAUUUGAAUACUAAGAUAUAUGCCAAUUCAUUAAUUGGAGUUGGAGUUGCCUCAAGUUUGUAUCACUCUUCAAGGGGACAUAUACGGAGAUAUUUGAGAUGGGCCGAUUAUACGAUGAUAGCUACAGCAACAGUGUGUCUCUCAAGAGCUAUCAGAAGUGAAAACUCAAAACUGCUGAUGGCAGCUUCAGCAUUUUUUCUACCCAUCCAGCCUCUGAUGGUUUCAGCGGUUCACACCGGGAUGAUGGAGGUCGCGUUCGCUAAAAGAGCAUUGAAGGAUCCAGAUCUAAGAAUGACCCACAAUGUUCAUAAAAUGUCAUCACUGUUGGGAGGUUUGCUUUUCAUUGCGGAUGAUCUCUUUCCUGAGACUCCAUUUAUUCAUGCUGGAUGGCAUCUCGCUGCAGCUGUUGGUGUAGGAACCUGCAACAAGCUUCUCGAGUAGCUUGCUUAACUGUCAUAUAUAUAUAUAUAUAUAUAUAUAAGUGGGAUCUAAAUAGUUAAGCCUGCUUAUCCUCAACUUAAAAGUUGAGAAUAUCCUUACAUCGGCACAAAUCUUAUAUUUACACCAAUCGUCUGCAGAUUAUAUGCAUAGAAAAGAUUGUUGCUGUAGAUUGUAAAUCACUAAAAUUUAAUUAGUAAAAGAGAAGAUUCUGUUGCCUAGUGGCUACAAUUGUAGUUCCUCAACAUUUAAUUAGUAAAAGGCUUCAUAUUAUCUAAUCUACUCAAAACUAA